AUGGCGGGGGCUGGCGGCGGCGAGGAGCAGGACCUUGGGAGGCGCCAUGGCGAGCAGGCAAGUGCUAGCAGCACCACAGUCGAGGUCAAAGAUUCCCCGUGCACCGGCGAGACGGGCGCGAGCUCUGGCGCCGGCCACAGCGCGGCGCAGCUUAUCGGGGCGCUAAGGAGGAGCCAGGAGGAGCUCGCGACGAUGGGCAAGGCCGACGUGCUUGCGUACGAGGAUCGUCUGCGGGCUCUCAGGCUUCGCGUGCUCCAGAAGAUCCAGGAGGAGGAGGCGAAGACUGUAGUUUGUUUUCUAAAACAUGGUUUCUCCGCGACCGCUGAUUGCGCGCCGCCUCCCGAGGCCAUGCAGCCCAUGCAGGCCCCCACGCAGCUCCCAGCCUGCGUUUCCAAUGGCGUUGCUUCCUGCCCCGUCCCUGAUCACGUUCUGGACUAUAUCAACUCCAUCAAAACCCGCCCUGCCCCGGUGCUCGAUACUCCCUCGGUGCGGCGCAAACGUGGCGAACUGCCGCCCAAUUUCACACCGCGUCGUAGCGGCCGGCUCGCCAAGGUGGACCGCGGCCUGGACUCGGAGACAAAGGCCAAGCGGGUGCUUCUCCGCCGCCUUGGUCUACUUGGGGAGGACGAGCCAAUUUCCUGCGUGGCACUGGAGCGCUACAGCAGGCUCUUCGCCAAACCCCUGGCCAGUGACAUCGUCCACGCCUUUGCGGAUUUGUUCGGCUGGACCGUCCCCUCCGGCCUCCUCGACGGGCUACGCACGGCCGUGCGCUCCGUUGUCUCCUCGGCCGACCCUUGUAUUGUGUGUUUGUCAGAAACUAAGCUGAAUUCCGUCUCGUCGUUGCUUGUCUUGGAGACGCUGGGCACCCCCUUUGCCGACUUUUUCUUUCUUCCGGCCGCGGGCACUCGUGGUGGCAUCAUUCUGGCAUGGCGCAGCGAUCGCAUCUCCCUCGCCAACCCCAUCCUUGGGGCCUUCCAUGUAUCUGCCACCGUCUCCACUGCCAUCGACGCAACCCCGUGGUGGAUCACCGGGGUUUAUGGGCCCCAAGGCACCGCCGAGAAACUGGCCUUCAUGACCGAGCUCCACGAUCUGCGCGACAUGAUUGCCGGCCCAUGGCUCCUGGGCGGCGACUUCGAUAUGAUAACAUCUUGCGCGGACAAGAACAAUGGCAACCUCAACCCGAGAUACACGUGGUCCAAUGAGCAAAGCAACCCCACGCUUGUCAGGAACGAUCGCGUGCUUUGCACCCCAUCCUGGGCGACCAUCAACCCUCACCACAUGCUGCGAUGCCUGGCCACGGCCGUGUCCGACCACUGCCCCCUCGUUGUGGACUGCGCCCCGCGUAGCCUCGGCAAACGAAGAUUCCACUUCGAGAGCUUCUGGCCAAAGCUUGAUGGAUUCCUCGCCACUGUGGAUGCUGCAUGGAACUCCUUACCGCCGGAUCCCGACCCAUUCAGAUGCAUCUAUGGCAGGAUGAAGAUCACGGCCCGCCGCCUCCAGAGCUGGGGGGCGCACACCACGGGCAACAUCUCCCUGCAGCUUCAGAUCGCGCGCGAGAUCAUCUACUGCCUUGACAUGGCGCAAGACCGACCUCUGUCCUCAGCUGAAACCUGGCUUCGCCGAGAGCUCAAGCGCGCCUAUCUCGGACUGGCCUCCCUCGAGCGUUCCAUCCUCCGCCAACGCGUGCGCCUUGGCUGGUUCUACGAAGGCGACACCAACGUGGCCAUCUUCAAAAUCCACGCCGCUCACCGUGCGCAGAAAAACCACGUGGCCUCAUUCCGUGUGGGCUCACAGACCGUGUCCGACGAGGGGGCGAUGGCCCAGGCGGCCUACGACCACUUCUGCUCCAUCCUAGGUACUUUAACUGCCAGGGAUCACUCCAUUGAUCUUGCGAGCAUCGACCUUCGCCGCUUCGACCUCGACGACCUGGAGCAACCCUUCACCGAGGAGGAAAUCUGGGCCCCCGUCAAGCUUCUCCCCACCGGCAAGGCACCCAGACCUGAUGGGUUCACGGCCGAGUUCCUGCGCGCAUGCUGGCCGAUCAUCAAGGCUGACAUCUGCGCUGCGUUCGACAAACUCUAUGCCCUGAACGGUCGUGGCUUCCACAAGCUCAACGAGGCCCUUCUCAUUCUCCUCCCCAAGAAGCCCGACGCGUGCACGCUCGCCGACUACAGGCCGAUCAGCUUGAUUCACCUGCUGGCCAAGCUUUUUGCCAAAGUCCUCUCCCUGAGGCUCGCUCCGAAGAUGGGGAGGCUCAUCUCUGUCAACCAGAGCGCCUUCAUCGCUGGCCGUACUGUGCACGACAACUUCCUACUGGUCCAGCAAACUGCUCGCCUACUUCACAACUUGAAGGCCCCGAGAAUUCUUCUCAAGCUCGACAUAGCGAAGGCAUUUGAUACCGUGUCCUGGCCCUUCCUCCUUCAAACUAUGCGCCACCUCGGUUUCGGGCGCCGCUGGUGCGAGUGGGUUUGCAUCCUCCUCUCCACGGCAUCCACGCGAGUCCUCGUCAACGGCAACCCCGGGCCACCCAUCGAUCAUGCAUGCGGGCUACGCCAGGGCGACCACGUCUCGCCGCUGCUCUUCGCCAUUGCGAUUGACACGCUGAACUCCCUGCUUCAGCACACGUCGCGCGCCGGCAUGCUCCAACGACUCACCAACCGGCACGCCGCGUCAAGCAUAUCUCUGUUCGCCGACGUCGUGGUGAUCUUCUGCCACCCAACCAGCUCGGAGCUGGCCACGAUCCGUGAGCUGCUGCAGAUGUUCGGCGACGCCUCCGGUCUGCGCACCAACUUCCUCAAAUGCUCGGCCACCCCCAUUCGCUGCGACCAAGAGGUGAUCACCACCAUUGACUCCACGAUUGGUUGUGUUGUCUCUGAUUUCCCCAUCGUCUACCUGGGCCUCCCCCUGUCCAUUCGCAAGACUCCCUCCUCGGCAUUGCUCCCCCUGGUGGACAAGCUUGCAAGAAAGCUCGCGACCUGGAAGGCCGCGCUUCUAACUCACGGUGAGCGGCUUGCCCUUGUGUGCCACGUGCUCACCGCCAUGCCCAUUCACAUCCUCAUGGCGAUAGCCAUCUGCUCAGCGAUCCUCAAGAAAAUUACACGCAUUAUCCGAGACUUCUUCUGGCAUGGGCGUCGGGACGCCUACUCAGGAUGCUGCCUGGUUGCCUCGCAGCGCGUGUACCACCCGGUGGAGUUCGGCGGCCUUGGCGUGAGGGACCUCCGCCUCACCGGCAUUUCGUUGAGGUGUCGCUGGCUCUGGCUCAAGGCCACUGACCCUUCACGCCCAUGGCACCACCUCCAGCUCCCCCGCGAUGACGAGGCUGCCCGUUUCUUCCGCGCUUCCACCUCCUGGCAACUUGGCGAUGGCAAGACAUGA